CCACACAACAAAAUACGACAACAGUCGGGCCACUCCGCGAGUUGGGCCUAGCAGCCCAACCUCUUCUCCGCCCCACUGCCGGUCGCCGCCUCUCGCCGUCUCGCGUCGCGCGAGCUCUGCCUCUGCUCCGGCCUCCACGCCCCAUCGCCGCCGCCGCCGCCGCCAGCCUCGUUUUGCGCCACCGCCAUCAAGAAUCGGUGACACAGAUGCUGUUUCCUACGGAGUUUGAACUUUGAAGGCGCCAGCCAACCAUGCUCCCUUCCCGCCACCUCCGUUCCGCGGCGCGGCAGCGGAGCCACCGGCCGCCGCCGGCCGCCGGGGACGCCUCCUCCUCUUCCUCCUCGGGGAGGCUCGAACCGGAGGUGAUCCGGAGCAACAAGGCCAUCACGGCGCACAUGCGCGCCGGCCGCGUCGCCGACGCCGAGCGCCUCUUCGCCGCGAUGCCCCGGCGCUCCACCUCCACCUACAACGCCAUGCUCGCCGGGUACUCCGCCAACGGCCGCCUCCCGCUGGCGGCGUCCCUCUUCCGCGCCAUCCCGCGGCCGGACAACUACUCCUACAACACCCUCCUCCACGCGCUGGCGGUCUCCUCGUCCCUCGCCGACGCGCGCGGCCUGUUCGACGAAAUGCCCGUGAGGGAUUCGGUCACCUACAACGUCAUGAUCUCGUCCCAUGCCAACCACGGACUUGUGUCGCUCGCGCGGCACUACUUUGAUCUUGCCCCCGAGAAGGACGCCGUCUCAUGGAAUGGGAUGCUUGCGGCGUAUGUCAGGAAUGGACGGGUUGAGGAAGCGAGGGGUUUGUUUAAUUCGAGGACAGAGUGGGAUGUGAUCUCUUGGAACGCACUGAUGUCGGGGUAUGUGCAGUGGGGUAAGAUGUCAGAGGCAAGGGAGCUAUUUGAUAGGAUGCCUGGGAGGGAUGUCGUAUCCUGGAAUAUUAUGGUCUCGGGUUAUGCAAGAAGAGGGGAUAUGGUGGAGGCAAGAAGGUUGUUUGAUGCAGCUCCAGUGAGGGAUGUAUUCACAUGGACAGCAGUCGUGUCUGGGUAUGCACAAAAUGGAAUGUUGGAGGAGGCCAGGAGGGUGUUUGAUGCCAUGCCAGAGAGGAAUGCGGUGUCUUGGAAUGCAAUGGUGGCAGCCUACAUUCAGCGGAGGAUGAUGGAUGAAGCAAAGGAACUGUUCAAUAUGAUGCCCUGCAGGAAUGUGGCAUCAUGGAACACAAUGUUGACAGGGUAUGCUCAGGCAGGGAUGUUGGAGGAGGCAAAGGCAGUUUUUGACACGAUGCCACAAAAAGAUGCAGUCUCCUGGGCUGCAAUGCUGGCUGCAUAUUCUCAGGGUGGUUGCAGUGAGGAAACCCUGCAGUUGUUCAUUGAAAUGGGGAGGUGUGGUGAAUGGGUGAAUAGAUCAGCAUUCGCUUGUGUGUUGAGCACAUGUGCUGACAUUGCUGCACUUGAAUGUGGAAUGCAGCUUCAUGGGAGAUUGAUUAGGGCUGGUUAUGGGGUGGGAUGUUUUGUUGGGAAUGCACUCCUAGCUAUGUACUUUAAAUGUGGGAACAUGGAGGAUGCUCGGAAUGCAUUCGAGGAAAUGGAAGAGAGGGAUGUAGUUUCAUGGAAUACUAUGAUUGCUGGUUACGCACGACAUGGUUUUGGAAAGGAAGCACUUGAAAUUUUUGACAUGAUGAGGACAACAUCCACCAAGCCAGAUGAUAUUACUCUGGUCGGAGUGCUUGCAGCAUGUAGUCAUUCUGGCUUAGUUGAGAAAGGCAUUUCAUACUUCUACUCAAUGCACCACGAUUUUGGUGUGACGGCAAAACCUGAGCACUAUACGUGUAUGAUAGACCUCCUUGGGCGCGCUGGACGAUUGGCUGAAGCACAUGAUCUUAUGAAGGACAUGCCAUUUGAGCCAGAUUCUACCAUGUGGGGUGCAUUGCUCGGUGCAAGUCGGAUCCACCGCAAUCCUGAACUUGGCAGGAGUGCAGCUGAGAAAAUAUUUGAGUUGGAGCCUGAAAAUGCUGGCAUGUAUGUCUUGCUUUCAAAUAUAUAUGCAUCUUCUGGGAAAUGGCGAGAUGCGAGGAAAAUGAGAGUUAUGAUGGAAGAGCGGGGUGUGAAGAAGGUGCCUGGAUUCAGUUGGAUUGAAGUACAGAAUAAAGUCCACACUUUCUCAGCUGGUGAUUGUGUGCAUCCUGAGAAAGAAAAGAUAUAUGCUUUCUUAGAAGACCUUGACAUGAGAAUGAAGAAAGCUGGCUAUGUAUCAGCUACAGAUAUGGUUUUGCAUGAUGUGGAGGAGGAAGAGAAGGAGCACAUGCUCAAGUACCACAGCGAAAAGCUUGCUGUUGCUUAUGGAAUUUUAAAUAUUCCUCCUGGGAGGCCUAUCCGAGUUAUAAAAAACCUCAGGGUAUGUGGAGACUGUCACAAUGCUUUCAAGUAUAUCUCCGCAAUUGAGGGCAGGCUGAUCCUAUUGCGUGAUUCUAACCGAUUUCACCACUUUAGAGGAGGGUCUUGUUCCUGUGGGGAUUACUGGUGAUGGCUAAUUAGAUUUCUUGUGCAAUGAAUCCCUGAAGAAUCUGUAGUUGACAACGCAACAAAGAUGGUGCAAUGCAGGCUACAAACAAAAUAUUAUAGGCAUCUUGAUGACUCACUCGGUCCACAGGCCUUCUACUAGGCCACCAUUUCAAAAAGAUUACAUGAGUUGGUGAUUGUUUCCAUGCUGAGUGAAGAGGUGAUACCUAGACAAAAGCAUAAUAUACAAGAUCAUAAUUCCAGUGUCAAGUGAUAGACUGAUGGUAACUCAGGUGAACAGUCUCAAAGGACAAGUUUGCUGAGGCAGGUUUAGAUUGGAAGAAGUUUGGACAACAAGGUGUUAAUCCUCCCCUGUUAGUGACAUCUUAAGGUACCAAUUCAACUGAGAUAUACUGAAAAUCAAGGGGUCAUAGUUGUUUUUAGGCCAUCAACAAAUUAUCUUUGUUUCUAUGUGACCAGGUAUGCUAUUAAAAUCAAGGAUGGUGUAAAUAUUCAGUGCAAGUAUUCUCUGUUGAACUCAAAUAUUGGUGUUACAAUGGAUAUUUGUUAUUCCAUUUCUGCGAAAAUAAGCAUGCCAGAGAAAUGGAGCGCCUGACGGUCUUACACGAGCAGUUGGGGUUCACAUAAAGAUUCAUUGUCAGUGCAGCUAAACUUUGCAUGAUAUAUCAGAUGCGGCUAUGAAAUCGUGAGAAGAGAUAAUCUGUGGUAUCUGAUCAGGUUGCUAUCAUGGUGCAGCAGGCAAGUAGCACAGUGGCUGAUUAUGUGUUGCCAAGCUGAAGAUUCUGUUCAGUGAAGUCUAACAGUGGAGCUGUGGACGCAUCUUCAUAUCUGUGGCUCCCUCUGGUGUUGUAAGUUGUACAUUUCCUUACAAUACUUCAUCAAACUAGUUGCUUAAUUCAUAUACUUUGCCUGAAAGUUAACAUGGAAAGCCUAAGGAGGAUAUGUGUUGGGUCA